AUGGCUGAACUUGAACUGAAGAAUGUGAACUUGAGACCUGGAGACAAACUGAAAGUAAAGGGGGAAAUUUUGCAUGAUGCUGAGAGGUUCCAGAUUGACCUGGGUUUGAGCUGAGAUGACCUGGCGUUGCACUUUAACCCCCGUUUCCACGAUGAUGCAGAUGGAGUGGUCAUAGUGUGCAACUCAAAGACAGCAGGUUGCUGGGGCGAUGAAAAGAGGGAAAUACACAACCCUCUGCAGAGGGGCAGUGAUGUGAAGAUCGUGUUGAAACUCUCUGGAGAUGUGUUUGAGGUGGAACUUCCUGAUGGACAGGAAAUCCAGUUUCCUAAUCGUGCAGAUACGGAUGUCGUCACCUAUAUCCGAGUGGCAGGGGAUUUCAAACUUACAAGCUUCAAGAUCUUCUGAAGCUUAUAACACAAAUUCAUUGUUGUUUAAAUAACCAGAAUA